AUGUGGCCGCCGCUUCUGCUCCUGUUUGUGGCCCUGGGGCAAGCCAGCCAGGAAACACUUCACGUGGUCGACUUAUCGCAGGUGGUGUGCCCCAAGCCGACUAGCAGCAAUCCAAAUGCGCCUGUUCUUCCUGACUACAACUUGGGCAUUGAGCAGACGACUUCAAUGGACAUGGAUUCCCCGUACAUUGUCAGCUUCAUGCGCGCGAGCAAGCAGGCAAUGUCGAUAAGUUUCAAGAUUUUAGACUACAAUGGCGAGACGGUCGUGUCCGACACCACUGUGCAGCUCGAAGACUUAAGUACGUCGGUGCCAAGCUCAUGCACAUGUACAUCGGCGACGAUUCCUCAAGAGGUGGAGGCCAAGUAUGGUCAAAGCUAUGGGUCUUCGUGUCAGGCGUGGGAUAACGCCAAAUGUGACCAGUUGUGGGGUGACCUGUCAGUGGGCUCCUGGUGCUGUCGACCUUGGUGUUAUGCAUCGCAGGACUGUCCAGAUGCAUAUCGAAGUGAGGCGAUCCCAGGUCAGUACUUCAGUUAUGCCGCCUGCGACACUGUGAGCCCAGCCUCGCCUUGCACGUGGACAUCUGUGGCCGAGCAAAACGAUCCGUGUAAGUGCAAGAACUCUGCGAGCGUGUUCAGCACCGCAAUGAAUGCCACAUUUACAAGCAGCUACGGAGCCACCUGCGGCACGUGGGACAUGCAAAACUGUGACAUCAACUACCGGCCAGACCAGGUAGAUACCUGGUGCUGCAAAAGCUGGUGCUACGUGGACAAGGAAUGUUCCACCGCAAAGCAGUCCCUGAAUCCUGGCAUGGAGGGUAUCUUAUUCUGGUCCGACAACGUUUGCCAAGACGAUCCUCUCCUGGUUUCACAGUGUCCCUACAAGCCGAAACCGAACAUCACGGCGGGAAGCACUGCUUGCGCUUGCUUGGACGUGUCGAUGCCUACCUAUGACCUUUUGAAGGCUGGCCUGGACUCGACUAUCUACGCGGACUACGGUCGGCAGUGUGCUCCUCACGAUGCGACCAUCUGCGAGACUACCUAUCCAUAUGCCUCGCAUGACAUGUGGUGCUGCAUGUCGUGGUGUUGGGUUGACCAGAGCUGUCCACAUGCACGAGCAUCAACGCUGUGGGCCGGGAAAUUCUUCAGCACCGCGGGCUGCGAGAUGGACGCGGACGUGAUCUCGAGCUGCAAAUACUCACGCGUCUGCGAGUGCCGUGGCUCGCUGCCAAGCGGGACGCUGCCCUCGGGAUUCGCCAGCUCCUACGGCUCCUCAUGCAGUGCGUGGGAUGCCACUGACUGCAAGGCGACGUGGAGCACUGAUUCGGACUCCCAGUGGUUUACUCAAUCUGAUCACGAGUGGUGCUGCGAUGCAUGGUGCUACGUCGACAAUGCUUGCCCUAUCGCCAAAUUGUCCUGGCUUGGCACUGGAUACUAUUUCAGCUACGAGACAUGUGAUGACCCGUCAACAAACUAUGACGAGACAUCCGACUCGUGCCUUGCCACCCGGAGGCGUGCUCUCAGAAGGCUGGGUCAGAUGGUUGCGGAAGCUCUCGAUGAGGAGGUGGACCCAGAUGAUGAGUCUGAGCAGGAGCGGCGACUCUCAGCCAGAAGACGCACCGGUGCAACUGCCCGCAGACGCAGGACUGCCACCUCGACUGCACGUCGGCGACGCUCUCCACCUGCGCCUCCUACUACAGCGAGAAGGCGAGCUCCGUCGGCACCUUCUGCUUACACUCCCCGUCGCAGAGCUACCCCGACAACCCCACGGCGCCGAGCAGUUCGCCGCAGAACGCCUCCUCCGACGCCACCUGUCGUAUCAACUGGCCGUCGUCGCAGCACUGGCAUCGGCAAGACAAACACGAUGACUCCCCGCCGCAGACGUGCACCCACCACCACUCUCAGUCCACGGCGGCGUGCCACUCCAUCACCAACCACUACUCCGUCCCCCUCGCCGACUGUUAGUCCGCGGCGCCGUGCCGUAACGACCACUACUCCGUCCCCCUCGCCGACUGUUAGUCCGCGGCGCCGUGCCGUAACGACCACCACUCCGUCCCCGUCGCCCACUGUCAGUCCGCGGCGCCGUGCCGUAACCCCAACUCCGUCCCCGUCGCCAUCGCCCUCGCCAUCGCCGUCGCCCUCGCCGUCGACAACAAGGCGAAGGAGAAGUACGCCCUACGGCUACAACAGCAAGAACGACAUGAUGAACAACCAUGGUGGGACCAUGCCUCAUCAAACCAACUAUGGUUUCUCUGGCUCGGAUGCUGUCUCAGCCAACUCGAACACUAAUGUGGCCAUUUAUGCGGCAGGAGCAGCGGCUGCUGCAGCUGUGGUUGGUGCUGGGGCUGCAUAUGCCUACAACAGCAUGUACGGAGAUGCAUAUAGCGACCACCGCCGCCGCCGAGCAAAUUCGUUUGACAAGCCAGACCUUUGCACCGUCACCGCCGCUGGAAGUCGGAACGGCGACUUCAUGGAAUGCCAGAAGUGCUACGACCACUACGGCAUUUCCAGCUGUGUCUCUGCAAGCUCCUGCAACACUCCUACUGGGUGCAGCUACACGACGCCCCAAAGCUUGAGCCGGGAUGACCUCGCAGCCACAGGUUUCAUACCAGAAGGCUAUACCUUCCCGCUCCGCGUCAUCUUCACCAGCGUCAGUGGUGCAGGAAUCGUCACUGAUCCGCUAUCAGGCGGCCUAUGCCCGCCUACGACUCCAGCGGAAGCCGAAUAUGUUGAGAGAUUCAACAAAACCAUGUCCUUCAAGCCCGAGCUGUUCUUGGUCCUGACCAAACAGAGUGCUUUACGGCAAGCCGAACCAUGUGAGAGAGACACGCAGACGACUUGUGCGUACUACUCGUGCUCGCCGGAACGGUCAGUUUGCGAGAAUGAAGUUUGCCUGUGUGAUAUAGGCUACUGCUGGGAUGGCUUCAAUUGCUUGGCGCAAGGUGUGGCAAAUGCAGCAUCUAACCGGGCCUUUAAUUUCCUGAUCUUCCUGCCUCUACUGUUGCGACGUGUGCUACAUCUUUGA